GCCAUGGCCUCUCGUUCCUUCCCCAGCACUGCAGCCACACACACCUGCGACUGCGAGCUCCCCGUCUCUCGCCAAUGGCGGCGUUGUCGUCUGCCUCCUUGCUCCCUCCUCCUUCCACCUUCGUCCCCGUCCUCUCGCCACUCCGCAAGCCGCCGCCCCAGCACCUCGCCAUCCGCGGCUCCCCCCACCGCCGUCGCGGCCGCCGCCUCUCGCUCGCCGCUUCCUCCGCCGCCUCACCGGACUUAGAGAAGGAGCCCUCGCAAUCGCCCUCGCCCUCGCCGCAGGAGAAAUCCCCUGGUGAUCUGUCGGCCGUGGCGGAGAGCGUGAAGGUGCUGAAGGAGGCGGCCAAGACGAGGAAGGUGCCGUCGCCGGAGUUGCUCGCGGCAUUGGCCAAGAUCAAGAAGGCAAAGCUCGACACAUCCACCUUCUUCGAGACCCUCGGUGGGACACAGUCCCCGGGCAGGACAUGGAUGCUCAUCUUCACUGCUAAGGGUCGGCUGGAGAAAGGACAGUACUUCCCAGUGACCGCAGUCCAGCGCUUUGAUGCUGCAGGAAAGAGGAUUGAGAAUGGCGUGUAUUUGGGGCCUGUUGGGUCCUUAACCUUUGAGGGGAGGCUGUCAUGGAAGAAGAAGAUACUCGCAUUCAUCUUCGAGCGGGUUCGCAUAAAGGUCGGCCCUUUCGGCCCCCUCGAAAUCAGCCUCGGAGGUGGCAAUGAUGGUAGGGAGCCGAGCACAAAGGACCCUUUCUUUGUGUGGUUCUAUGUUGAUGAGGAAAUCGCUGUGGCACAAGGCAGAGGAGGGGGAGUGGCUUACUGGUGCAGAUGUAAGCGUGUUCCAUGAACUCUGAAGAUUCAGUUCAGUCAUCAUUCCAGGAUGUUCAGUUCAGUUUAUGUAUAGAUAAUUUUUCAUCUUCUACAUGUGUAAAAAAACGAAGUAUUGAAAAUGAUACCAGUUCGAUGAUGUCUGCCUGUACCUGUAAAUUGUGUUGGUAUAGAAUGCCAAACGAUUGAGCAUAGAUGCAAAGCAUAUGGAGUAUAUUAUGAGAUAAUUGACCAUCA